GUCUCGUGUUGCGCUAAUCGAGUAGGAAUAUAACAUUCCCUUUCAUCGAUUUUAGUAAACUACCAAUAAGGCGUAUUUUAUAUUAAUUUCUAAAUUCUUGAUGAUCAAGCAAAACGAUAAUUAAUACUAAAACAUAAGAUUAAUUCAACUAUUUUAGUGUCGGAAAUAAUCGUGAGAUGGCAGGUAAAACUCCAUUUGAAAACAGACUUAUGAAAGAGUUUAAAAUAUUUGCCAGAGAACCUCCGCCAGGUAUGUCUGUAGAUGUACAAGCUGAACAAAAUCUUAAAAAUUGGAUUAUAAAUAUGCAAGGCCCUAAAGGCACUUUAUAUGAUGGAGAACAGUUCCAGUUACGGUUCAAAUUUGAUACCAAAUAUCCUUUCGAGUCGCCUGAAGUUACAUUUGUAGGCCAAAACAUUCCAGUUCAUCCACAUGUGUAUAGUAAUGGCCAUAUAUGUUUAUCUAUUCUUACUAGUGACUGGUCACCAGUAUUAACAGUUCAGUCUGUUUGUCUUUCAAUUAUGUCUAUGCUAAGCAGCUGCAAAGAAAAGAAAAGACCUGAAGGUGAUACCAUGUAUGUAAAAACUGGCAACAAAAAUCCGAAAGAAACAAAAUGGUUGUAUCAUGAUGACAAUGUUUGAAGUAUUGAAUAUCAGUUCUAUUAUUUAUUCACAAGCUAUAUCUUCUCAUUUAGUAUGAAAAUCGUGACCAUAUUUUAUUGAAAUUAAAUAUACCUAAUUUUAACAUAGUCAUUCAUUUUACCCAGAUCUUUUAAAAUGUAGAUUUGUUAAUUAUAAAUACUUAAAUAUAAUUACCUUUUAUCUAGAAUAAAAAUUGUUG